AUACAGAGAAUCAAAGUCCACAGAGGAGUGCACAUGGAGUGCCUGCAGCUGACCAGAGGAGGCAGGGCUAGGAGCUGAGCUGCACCUCUCCUCCAGAGUCUAUCAGCCUGCCUCUGCAGCUCCGCUCACUUCAGUCCAGUUCCAUCAUGAUCGCCUCGCUCCUCCUGCUCUGGGUCUGCGUUGUCAGCAUCCUCCUUCUCCUCAAAUCAUGGAGACCCAAAAACUUUCCACCGGGACCAAUCAUCCUGCCAAUACUGGGGAACAUUUUGGAGCUGAGCCUGGAGAACCCCUUGAAGGACUUUGAGAGGCUGAGGAAGAUUCACGGAAAUGUCUACAGUCUGUACAUCGGUUCCAAGCCAGCUGUUGUCAUCAAUGGGUAUAAGGCCAUGAAGGAGGCUCUCAUGUCCACUGAGUUUGCCGGACGACCCCAAGACCUGUUUGUCAAUGACACCACCCAGAGGAAAGGAGUGAUUCUGGCGGAUUAUGGCUCUAGCUGGAAGGAGCAUCGUCGCUUUGCCUUGAUGACGCUGAGGAACUUCGGUCUGGGGAAGGAUUCCAUGGAGGAGAGGAUCCAUGGAGAGCUACAACACGUCAUUAAGACACUGGAAAAGAGCAUUGGCUCAACCUUGUCUCCUCAAGUUAUGUUUCAUAACGCGUCGUCCAACAUCAUCUGCCAGGUUCUGUUUGGUACACGCUAUGAGUACGACGACGUGUUCAUCAAAACAAUUGUACAGUGCUUCACUGAGAAUGCCAAGAUAGCCAAUGGACCAUGGGCCAUGCUGUAUGACUCUUUUCCCUUGAUCCGUAGCCUGCCACUGCCCUUCAUGAAGGCCUUUAAGAAUGUUGAGACUUGUCAGAAAAUUGCAAAACGUCUUUUGGCCGAGCACAAGAGCACCAGAGUCCCUGGAGAGCCGCGAGACUUUGUUGACUGCUACUUUGAUGAAAUGGAUAAGAGAGGCGACGACGGUUCUUCAUUCUCAGAGGGUCAGCUCUCCAUGUAUGCUCUAGAUCUUCACUUUGCCGGGACGGACACUACCUCCAACACCCUGCUCACUGGUUUCCUCUACCUCAUGGGCCACCCACACAUACAAGAGCGUUGUCAACAGGAGAUCGACACAGUGUUGGAAGGGAAGGAAAAGGCCACUUUUAACGACAGACACAAUAUGCCUUACAUGCAGGCUGUGAUCCAUGAAGUGCAGAGGGUAGCCAACACCGUCCCGCUCAGCGUUCCUCACUGCACGACUAAAGACACAGAGCUGAUGGGACAUUCCAUUCCCAGAGGUACACUCAUCAUCCCUAACCUGACCUCUUUGCUGAAUGAGGAGGGACAGUGGAAAUUUCCAAAUGAAUUCAACCCUGAAAACUUCCUCAACGACCAGGGAGAGUUUGUUAAACCUGAGGCUUUCAUGCCGUUCUCCGCAGGCCCUCGUAUGUGUCUCGGAGAGGGUCUGGCCCGGAUGGAGCUCUUCCUCAUCAUGGUGACGCUGCUUAGGAAGUUCAAGUUCACCUGGCCGGAGGACGCAGGGGAGCCAGACUACACACCAGUCUAUGGGGUUACUCUCACUCCCAGACCUUAUCUCAUGAAGAUCGAAGCCAGAGCAACUGCGUAAUGCAGUCUUGUGGACGCACAGCAGAAACAGUGGAGGUUAAUCCAGAUCAACACUAGCAGAUGUGAACAAAUAUGGUGAAAAGGAUAGAGGGCUGUAAUAGCAUUUACAAUACACUUAGGGCCAUCAUUGCAUCUGCUUAGGCUAAAACAGAACGAUUCCAAUACACAGCCUUGUAGGGUUACUGUCAAGGCUGCCUAUUCAAAUCAUUCUAUCCUCAGUUCAGUCUGUAUGAGAAACAUCUCAUGAAGCAUAUCCCCUAACAGUCGGACCAAAGACAUAUGGUUUCAGAAUGAAGCGGUGCAUGAGUAUAAGAGUGCAGGCGAGACUACAGGGUCGUCACCAGGUGGGCACCCUCUCUACAAACAGCUCAGCAGUCCCCUCGUGACCUGCGCUAACACAACCAAAACAUCCGCCUGAAGCAAAUGUUUAUAACCAGCUAGCAUCAUUAGCCAGCAAUGUGUUGGAUAAGAUUCUGCUCCAAGAUUUUAGAAAGAGUUGGUUUGACUCUGUUCACUGAGGUAUCAAUUCACUUAUCACUUUCUUUUGAGAAACUAGACGACCUCUGCACCAUUAUGCUGAAGAAAAUCUUCCCCUUCAUAUUGAGAAGAUAGUCAGGUUGUAAAUUCUCUUUAGGACUAAGACCUGCCCCGCCCUUUACUAAGAACUGUAACAUGUUUACCCUGAUAAGCUUAACUUUGAACUCAGAUACGAUAGGUGCAUUGAAAGGUCUGAAAGGAACAUUAAGGAAGUUACAGAAGAUGAGAGAUUUUAAAUCUUUGAAUAUGGUAUGGGGAGGUUUGGGGUUUGUGAGGGUAAAAAUAAUAGAGCUCUGGAUUUAGUCAAAUAAAGGCAGCAACAGAAGACUACAAAGUCACAAAGUCCACAGAGUGUGAGAGGAAAAAGGAAUUUUGUAUUGUAGAAUGACCCUAGAUUUGACCUGAAAGCAAACAACCAUAGGACAAUCAGAUGGAACAAUGAUGCUUUAGCAGCAUUAACUGUGUACUUACUCAAACCCAAACUCAAGUUGUUUUUGUACCCUAACCAAACCUUAACCGUAGAGUGUAAGAGUACGCCAUAAAACAGAUUUAUGCUUCUUUUGGUUGCACUAAUAAGAGGUUACAAUGUAUUGUGUCGUUACAUUUAGAGGACUUGUUGAUUCCAAUAAAGACCAUGCUGUGAUAUAUCUACUGUAACUGCUUACUUGUGUAUUCAAAUUAUAUUCAUUAGUAUGUAUAUGUAGGGCUGACAUGUGUAUUCAAAUUGAUAUGUAUACAUGAUUCCAUGACAUGUAUUGAUGUGUAAUUGAUUUAUAGGGGAUUGAAAUGAUGAAGGUUAUUCUUGCCUGUCCUGAAGCUGGUGCGUAAUGUUCCUUGUAUAACAGGGUAAAAGUAGCAUUGUAAUAGUAUGAUAGUGUUACAGUGUUAUGCAUUUAUUAUUUAAAAGUGCAAAAAAACAAAUAAAUAAAUAAAGGUGUGUUGAAGUAACAAAA